CUAGUAAUCCUUUUGUUUUAAUUAUAUAAUAUGAAGUGCAAGAAACUUAAACUAUACGCCUAAGUUUCUCGUGAUUUAAGAGACUCAGAACAUACAACACCAACAACUGUUUCAGCUCUAAAAGUCUGUGUACUUUUAGUAUAAAAAAUGUUUAAUUAAAAGCCAGUUUACUCACUUAAGAUUUCUUUCCUUUUCAGUUUAGGAGUGGAACCCCUGGUGUAUGUAUGUUUAGCCAGUAUUCCUCACAUAGUCACAUUUAGCCCUGCCUCCCCCUUAAAAAAAACAAAACAAAAACUAACCAAACAAAAACCUCUUUAAACAUUUGAGUCAGAGUCUUCCUAGAUUGCCCAGGCAGGCCUCCUGCUCCUACCUCUGGACUAACUGGGAUGACAGGUCUCUGUCACCAAGCUCUGCCCAGUCUAUGGCUGUCUACAACCGAGGAGUUCCAGAUUCAAGACUCAGCUUGUCUGAGUAUCUGCUCUGCGGAGCACGGUACUAAGUGCCUUGCAUGGAGGGUCACCAAUAAUCUGGCCACCUCUGUUAAGUGAGAAUGUUCCAGGGCUCAUUGCAGUUCAUUAAAUUGCUGGUCAGCUCUCAAGGCUGUUUUGAAGGAGGGCUCAGAGCGCUUUGCAUCCAGUACAGCCUCACCUCGGGAAUUUGUACCAGCAGAAACCCAUUAAUCCUGGCUUCAGAAAAGUUUCUUAAACUUUAGAACUGCUCAAGUUCUUAAAAGCUUAGACUGGGGUGGGGGCUGUGGAAGGCUGCUAAACUCGUCCUAAAUCAAGAAUGGAAGGUUCCGCCUUAACCAACAGUGAAGGCGCUUAUUGGUUAGGCUUGCACCGGGGCUGACUCACUUCAUUAGCUGUAGCAGAGGGCCACGCCCUACAUUCCAAAAACCCUGUGCAGCCUGAGGCGCGCGGGCCGUGCUCCUGUAGCCCCUUGAGCUCACUGUCCUCUGCGUCUGGCUGUGCUUCUCAGAGGCGGCCUGUGGGGACAGCUGGCCACUCCCAACCGCUGGCCAGCUGCACGCAGAGCCCCGCGUAAACUUAUCAGGAACUUUCCAGGAGGCUGUCUUUGGGAGGAGAGAAGGAAGAAUCCUGUUCAGAAAUGAGGCGAACUAAUGUUUGGACACCAUUGCAUGAAGUGUUUUAAAACUGCCCUGACCAUCUUGCCAAAUGAGUCUCUGCUCAUGAGACCCAACAAGAUGAACCAGCCAAGGAGGGAUAGUGUCCUGCCCUGUAUGAACAGUGACUGCUGACGUCUGAGAGCAAGCUGGGGGUACUGAAUGUUGUCUGCCAGUACCAUGAAGGAAGUGGUUUAUUGGUCACCCAAGAAGGUGGCAGACUGGCUGCUGGAGAAUGCUAUGCCAGAAUACUGUGAACCUUUGGAGCACUUCACAGGCCAGGACUUAAUCAACCUAACCCAAGAGGAUUUCAAAAAACCCCCACUGUGCCGAGUCUCCUCUGACAAUGGGCAGCGACUCUUAGACAUGAUAGAGACCCUGAAGAUGGAGCACCAUAUGGAAGCACACAAGAAUGGCCACGCCAACGGACACCUCAGCAUUGGCGUUGACAUUCCCAACCCUGAUGGCAGCUUCAGCAUCAAGACUAAACCCAACGGAAUGCCAAAUGGGUUUAGGAAAGAGAUGAUCAAGAUUCCCAUGCCAGAACCGGAGCGCUCCCAGUAUCCCAUGGAGUGGGGCAAAACUUUUCUGGCCUUUCUUUAUGCACUUUCCUGUUUUGUUCUCACUACAGUGAUGAUCUCGGUCGUCCAUGAACGAGUACCUCCUAAGGAGGUGCAGCCUCCACUACCGGACACGUUUUUUGACCAUUUUAACCGGGUGCAGUGGGCGUUUUCUAUUUGCGAAAUUAACGGCAUGAUCCUUGUAGGACUCUGGUUAUUUCAGUGGCUGCUCUUAAAAUACAAGUCUAUUAUUAGCAGAAGAUUUUUCUGCAUAGUUGGCACGCUGUACCUGUAUCGGUGUAUUACAAUGUAUGUAACUACACUCCCAGUACCUGGCAUGCAUUUCAACUGUUCUCCGAAGCUCUUUGGAGACUGGGAAGCUCAAGUGCGGAGAAUAAUGAAGCUCAUUGCUGGAGGUGGCUUAUCCAUCACAGGCUCGCACAACAUGUGUGGCGACUAUCUGUACAGUGGCCACACGGUCAUGCUAACGCUCACCUACCUAUUUAUCAAAGAGUAUUCUCCUCGGCGGCUCUGGUGGUACCACUGGAUUUGCUGGCUCCUCAGCGUCGUUGGAAUCUUCUGUAUUCUCUUAGCGCAUGACCACUACACUGUGGACGUGGUGGUGGCCUACUACAUCACCACAAGACUCUUCUGGUGGUAUCACACGAUGGCCAAUCAGCAAGUGCUUAAGGAAGCCUCCCAGAUGAACCUCCUGGCCAGGGUGUGGUGGUACAGGCCAUUUCAGUACUUUGAAAAGAAUGUCCAAGGAAUUGUACCUCGAUCUUACCAUUGGCCCUUCCCCUGGCCGGUAGUCCACCUUAGUAGGCAAGUUAAAUACAGCCGGCUGGUAAACGACACAUAACAGCUCUGCCGACUAGGGAAUGAAGAACAGUCCGAAGUGCUAAGAACUCCAUGACAGAAGAUGCCAUAAAGUAACCACCUCCCCCUGCUAUUUCUCAACAGUCACCUUGACUCAACCUAUUGCGUUACCUGCUCAGCACUGUGAUCUUUUUUUUUCUCUCCAAAGGACCCGCGUUGGACAACAAUAAAGAAAAGUUCCCACAUCAUGCACUGUAGACAUUUCCUGUUGUUAAGCUUGGGGCUUCUAUAACAGGCAGCCACCGUGUCCCUCUGUGUCAUUCAGCCGCACCACCGUGUGCUUCUGUAUCCUAAGCUCCGGCCUUUCCAGCCAUAUCUGGAAAUAAAGUGUGUUAUUUUCUUGGGAAAACAUACUUUUCAUAUCUCUUGCCCCAAAGACAGGGCUGUAAGCCAUUUUCUAGUAAAUGUCUCUCUGAAGGGUCCUAAGUGUCUGCAUGGGAGUUGAUUUAGAAUCUCUCUGCCUAUUGCACUGAUGCUCGGCUGAAGACGAUAGGUGCAGAGAGGUUUGCUCACCUGGGGUUUUAUACAGUCAGCAGAGACGGUGUAUCAAAAAGUGCAAAAAAAAAAAAAAUCUGUUAUAAAGUGAUUUUUCUAAGUAUUUCCUAACUUUAUUUUUCAAAAUGAUGUUAUGAAAACCAAAUUUAAAGAUUUUUACAUGUCACAGAAAAGAGAGUUAACAUUUAAAAGUGCUUCUUGGGAGAGAAAUUUGUCUAUGUUUCUAGUGCCUUUCUUGUCUUGAUUGUAUGGUCGGUUGGUAGGCAAUCUUAAAUGUUUUUAUUUAUUCCAUGAAAAUAUAAAUGUAUGUAUACACUACUAAAUUUUACAUUUAUAGCUAAAUUAAAUCAGAAGACUGCUAGUGGUUUUAAAAUUGUUUUGAACUGAAGAAUAGAGGGUGUGAAUUAGAGUACCCACCCAUUCACAUAUUGUGAGCAGGCCGCACUGACAGGUGCCGCUGAGAUUAUGCCAUCUGUUUGGUAGUUUGGUUUUAACUACUCAAUAAAAACAGCCAUGAAUAUCUUUUUUUAAAGAGAGUUUCGAAAAUGAUCACUUACCUAAAACUUGAAAGCUAUAAAUUAGUUAUCCAUACUCUCAUGACAGUUUUGUUGGUGAACAACAACAAGAUGAUCUAUUUCUUUAAAAUAUAUUUGUGCAGAAACUGCAUGUAAUUCUGAGUUUUCCUCCUGACAUACAUAUGUUUGGGGAAGUAUUCUACUCUAUACUUGCCAACGUGGAGAACAAAAUAGUUUUCUAAGAGCGAAGAAGUAUAUAUAUAUAAAUAUAAAUAUAAUAUCCAUUCUGUAUUUUAUGUGCAGCAGGAUUACCUUCUGUAGGUUUUGUGUGUGUGUGUGUGCACGUGCACAAGUGUGUGUGCACGUGUGCAUGUAUGAGUGAGUGUGUGUGUGUGUGUGUGUACUCACAAGGUGAUAUUUGUAUUGUAAAACAAUAAUGGUGAAGGAAAUAAAAAGGCUUUUAAAUUUUUGUUUGUUUUAAAUCUUUGUAAAGUUAUUAUUCCAGAGAGUAUACUGAUAUCUUACAACUUACCUAAAUCAUAAAUUAAUCAAAAUGCACUUUUUAAUAAAAACUUAUACUGAAAGUA